UACAGCUUCCAUCAGGGUCAUAGCUCAGUGAAAUGUGAAUGUGAAUGCAUCCAUUCUCUUCCUCCUGUCCUGUGGUGGUUCACAGACUCUGUGCAUAUAAAUCUAAGUUGGAUCUAUAUGCACAGAGAAGAAGAGCUCUUCCUUACUGCAGGAUCUUCAUCAUGUACACCUGCAAGCAGAAGCUGAAAACAUGGACUUUCAUGCUAGCCCGCAGCAUUUCACCAGGAAGCAUGCCUCUGUUCUGUGCAGCCACCUCAGUCCCAGCUUAUCUGCGUCUCAUUAGCUCUUUCUAUCAGCUGCAGAACCAGAUGGAGCUUCGGGCGAGCAGUGCCGAGCGAGCAGCAUCCUUCCUGGAUGCUGCCCUGGCAGCAAGGAAGAGCAGCCGAAUGCCGAACGACCAGGAAGUCCGAAGGAACUCCCACUUCCUGUUUACCCUGCACCUCUACCAGGAGAGGCUGGACAAGAGCAACAAGGCAACCAUGUCCGGUCGGAGUCGCCUCCACCUCCUGGAUUUGGGCAGCUGCGAGACGGACAUCAGCAGGACCCGAGAGGGGGGCGGGGGACAGUGUCUGUCGCUCUCGGCACUGGGAAACGUCAUCCUCGCCCUUGCCAAUGAAGCCAAGCACGUUCCCUACAGGGACAGCAAGCUCACCAUGCUGCUCCGCGAAUCCCUGGGCAACAUCAACUGCCGCACGACCAUGAUCGCCCACAUCUCCGACUCUCCGGCGGGCUACAUGGAGACACUGACCACGGUGCAGUUGGCCUCCCGCAUCCACCGCUUGAGGAAGAAGAAGUCCAAGCACACCUCCAGCUCGUCUGGAGGGGAGAGCUCCUGUGAGGAAGGCCCAUCCUGUCGGCCUCCUCGUCUUCGACCCUUCCACCCUCUGACCGUGGCCCUCGACCCGGACGUUCCGCUGCUACUCUCGAGUGAUCCCGACUAUUCCUCCAGCAGCGAGCACUCCUGUGACACUGUCAUCUACGUUGGGCCGGGAGGGAAGGCAAUCUCAGACCGAGAACUGAGCGACAACGAGGGUCCGCCUUCCUUCGUUCCCAUUAUUCCGUCCCUGAACAAAAAGCGAGUCAAAGAUGCACCCAAGUCCGACGGUGACCACUUUAAGUGUAACACGUUUGCAGAACUGCAGGAAAGACUCGACUGCAUUGAUGGCAGCGAGGGCCCGGCCAUGUUCGGCACAGAGAACAAAUCAGUAGCGCUGAAGGCUCAGAGUGGCCCUCUUAAACCCAUAGAGGCAACGUCUCCACCCAAAUCUGAGAAGAACUCGUCCCACAGGUUCUCAGAAAGCACACUGACAACAUACACAGAUAAACCAGAUCAGGAUCAGCCCAAACUACCUUCAGCUGGUGGCUUCAUGGAGACAUCCAAAAGGACGAGUGCAGAUGGAGAGAAGCUUUCAGGCACCCCCGUUCAGCCAUGUGUGGUAAAGUCAGGGGGGGCUCCAACCCAUGACUCAGAGCCUGUAGUUCGAGAGAAAGUCUACCUCAGAGGAGCUGUACCCAAGCCACUGGCCUCACCGUCCUUACCCAGGACAACCAGGACGGCACCUCGGCCUGGGGAGGCUCUCAGCAGGACUCCGCCUGUCGGUAUGAGUCAACAAGGAAUGAGGCAAGACCAGCCACCCAAAUCUGAAAGCCCUAACCCAAACACAGACGGAGCCACUCACACAAGCAGGUACCCCACGGAGGUGAACAACCUCCGGGCCUCUCUGUUAGGACGAUGCCUGGACGGGGACUUUCUGAGGACCACAAUCACUCUGCAGCAGCCCGUGGAGUUGAAUGGAGAGGACGAGCUCGUGUUCACAGUUAUAGAGGAGCUCCCGCACAGCCUUGUCUCAGAUAACGGCCGUCCCUCCAACCUCCUCAGCUUUAACACCAACUGCUUUCCACAGGCUUUAGCUGCUGGCUCUCGUCCGGUCAGCAUCAUCAGUAGUAUUAAUGAUGAAUAUGAUGCUUACACCUCUUUACAAGAAGCUGUGGGACCAGGCACUGAUGUUGGCACUGAACACCAACAAGGUUUGCUUUCCCAACGUGACAAAAAGCAGCCGUCUGUUGGCUCAUGGCUUUGUGAAUCAGCUGAAGGUGAUGGUCUUCAUUCACAAAGCAGGCUUUACCUGAGGGAUAAAACGAUGGACAACGCCGCCCUUCUGAGCUCACCAAGUAUAUUCCAUAAACAGUCGUUCUUACAGCAUGGCAUUAAGAGCUCCUUAAACGACAGUGGUGUCUGUUUUUCAGAGCUGGAAAGCAACCCCGCUACCCCAAACAAACCAUCUUUUACCAAGUGCCCUCCUUCCCCCGAGACAGCCAAAGCAUCUCUGAAAGGCUCUCUGAAGGUGAAAGCCAAUACCCUGAACACAUCAGUGUCAGCACAGAUUCCCCGCCAUGCCACCCAUUCCAGUCUUCCCAGGAAAACCAAGCCUACCUCAUCUUCAGCUGUCGGCUGCAGCAGACAGGAAGGCAGACAGGAUGAUGUUUUGCUUCAGCGAAGCAGUUAUUGUGAUCCCAGAGAGGCGGAGUUUCUUUCUGCAGGUAAGCCAACAAGAAGUGGCAUGACUAACGUUUCCUCCAAGAGGUCCGGAGGGAACAGCAACAGUGUACCUCGCCCACCAAAGACACAGAUGUCUUCUUCAGCUCAGAGAGUUGUUGAUGGCUGUGAGAAGUCCAGCAGCAGGAGAGGAGACACUCUCAUCAAAUUGCCACGACUCACUCGGGGCGCAACAACUCUAGGAACCAUUUCCACCCCCCAAGAAGCUGCAUCAGUGAUCAGUACACUGAGGUUUUCAUCACUGGGAAAAAAGGCAAAUGGACAAAAAAGCAGCACAAAGUCUGGACAGUCGAGUCAAGAACAAAAAUUAAGAAUUGUGCUGUCUCCAAGUGCCUUAAAAACAAGCAGCAACACCGGAAAGUCCUCAGAGGAGGAAGUGCAUGUCAGGCUCAGAGCUGGUUCAUUCAGCCACAGGACAUCCGGCUUAAAAACUGAACACAGUUGUGCAAGGACAUCCUCAAGUCUGAAGACGCAAGGAGCCAAAGCAGAUUCUUCCAGGUACUUUGGGAGUCUUAUGUCUUUGGAAAGGUGCGACACUCCAACCUUAGCUGCGUCCAAACCUGAGCUGUUCAGAGAGAACAGUGGUGCUACAUCUGGAGGAAAUGGCAGAUCCAACAGAUCAGUGCCAAGACUCGGUGAUCCAGCAUCCACCUCCACAUCAGCCUUUCCGUCCCAAGUUCCAGCUGGUGUUUUUGCAGCAACCAGCAAACUGUGGCAGGUCCGCAGUGGCAGCGGAUCAGGAGCAGCAGCUUCUGGUGGACUGAAGCUUCGAAUGCUGUCUGCCAGCAAUUCCAAGAGCCCAAGCUCCUCCCCCAAACCACCAGAGAAUGUAGCUGGAUGCAACACCAACCUACCUUCCAAUGGCAAGUCCCCAUCUCGCUCUGGAACGGGAGCCAAGACAGGAAAAGGCACCAAUAUGGGCACCAAGCAGGCCAUCGGCAGGGCAGCCAACAGCCGGAUUAGCGAGUUAGUUUCAGGUAGCCAAAGGAGGAUGUUUGGUGGUGGAGGUGGAGUAACAGGAAGCGCCAUCCCUGGCAGCAGGACCGGUAGCAUCACCAGAUCACCCCUCAACGCACCGCUGCCAUCACCUUACAGCAAGAUCACAGCGCCUCGGAGGCCACAGCGCUGCAGCAGCGGGCACGGCAGCGACAACAGCAGCAUCCUGAGUGGGGAGCUGCCCCCCGCCAUGGGACGCACUGCCCUUUUUUACCACAGCGGGGGCAGCAGCGGCUACGAGAGCAUGAUCCGAGACAGCGAGACAACCGGCAGCACCUCAUCAGCGCACGACUCUAUGAGUGAGAGCGGAGCAUCCUCAUCAAACAGGAGCCGAGUUUCUAAAUCGCCCAAGAAGAGAGGAAACGGGUUCCUGCGGCGGCGGCUGAUCCCUGCCCCACUGCCGGACACCUCCUCCCUGGGCAGGAAGGUGGGCAGUCAGUGGGUGGACCUGCCCCCGCUGGGCGGCACCCUGAAGGAGCAGUUUGAGAUAAAGGUCUAUGAGAUUGACGACGUUGAGUGUGUGCAGAGGAGGAAGGAGGCACUCAUGGGCUCCGAGCAGACGUUCCACGAUGUUGAGAAGGGUCUGCUCUACUUCAACGCCCAGCUGAGGAUGCUGGAGAAGCGGCAGCAGCAGAUCCAAGAGCUGAAGAGCAAACACGACAGGCUGAAGGCGGAACUGGAGGAGGUCAAGAGCUGGCUGAUGCUCCACCCGAGCAGGUGGAGUGGAGAGUUUGACAUGGACCAGGACCUGGACUGCGAGUCCCAGGAGUACCUAGAGGCUCUGGCUCAGGCCACGGGGGAGCUGGAGUACUGCGUCAACCUGUGCAAGUCCCGCCUCAUGAUGGAGACCUGCUUCGACAUUACCGUGAUGACGGCAGGUGCCGCUGCGCAAGGUAGCCGUCAGGAGGUGGAGGUGUGAGAGGUUUGCCGACUCAUCGACAGGAAGACUGAAGCAGACUUCCUGUCGGAGCAGAGCAACAAACAGCUGAUCAGAGAUCAGAUCUCAGAGGACGCAGCUCUGCAAGUGCCUUCUAUUCACGAGCUCAACGACUCUGUGAGCUUGUUUGUCAUGGUGUUUUUUAUGGUGCUGAAUUCAUCCAUCAGCAGACCCGAGUUUAGGAAAAAAGAUUCAGCUCCAGCGUGGACUCUGUUCACCUGUAAGCUCCACCCCCGAGCCUCAAACCUGAAGAACCCAGAGCAGGACCAUGGGUUUGAUCCCGGCUCAACCACUUAAACACUCGAAUGGAUGUGAACUAACUCUGAAGCUGGUUUUAGGAAACCGGCUUGUUCACCCCGAGUUCAGCCUGCUCACGUUCUCAGUGACUCAAAAAGAUGUUUCAGCAGGUAAAACAUCUGUGGCAGCAUACAUGAUGACAUCAUCUGCACCGCAGCCAGAAUGACAGAGCAGGAAUGGCAUCUAAAUGACAAAUGUACAGACAGACAAAUGCACAUUAAAGGGGACGUGAAACACUGAACACAUAAAGGGUAAUUUACCCAGUGCUUCUGCUCUCACGCUGACACAGAUGUAACUCUGUCUGUGACGCUGGGUUCAAGAAAUCAUAGCAGUUAGCAGUAAUGUACACUUGCAGUGCAGGAGCGCCUGUGUGAGCCAGGUGAUGGUGGUUACCAGCUCAGAGUACCGAGCAGGCCAAUCACCUGAUGCAAUCAGAGCUAUUGUAUCCAAUAAAAUAAUCUCUCUGUUCCCAAACACAUCCUGUAACAGUCACAACAUGCUCAUCACACAACGAUCAGGGUGUCCCAUCAGCACGUCUGCAGGGAAAUCAGGGGUCAAGGAGAAACAAAAGGAAGCGAUGGCACACGUUUUGUUUUUUCCUCACGUCAUCUCUCUGACUGGAUUACUUCAUAUUACAGGUGAGGACCAGCGAAGCCCCAGUAUGGGUAAGGGAGACUGUAAGGUGGGGGACAUGGUGAUGGAUGUCAGGAUUUCUAGUUGUCUUUAAUAUGUUGUGUUUGUGGUUUGAUAUACAUCCUGCCACAUGUUUGGUUGUUUGGAAAAGAGAAUAUUUUAUUACAUAAAAUAGACAUCGUGUGAACAUGUACUUUAACAGCUGAUGGCGUGCUUCGUUGCACCCGGUGUGUCGGUCUGCUGACUCACACAGGCUCUCCUCCACAGUCCUCAUUUAUAAAGUGCUUUACAAACCCCAACAUCAUGGCUAACAGCUGGAUUUUCCUGUUUCAGUGCAGCUAACCAAACAGCAAACAGCCACUUCCUGCUACAGGCACAGACAGUAAAGUGGACACUAUGUAGACCCAGGGUGAGAUCUAAAACCUGCAGGACACUGGCCCUUGAGGCCUGGAGUUGGGGACCCCUGCUCUAUCCAUUCUGUCACUAGUUAGCUAGCAUAAACUAAUGUGAGUCUAUUAGCCAACCACAUGACAUUAUGUGCAUUUCAUGUCCCCUUUAAUCAGGUUAUUAGGGGUGAGGUUGUCCACCAGAAGGCGCUCUGUAGGUUCCCUGUUUGUAAUGCCACAAAUACAACCAUCUGCAUAAAUGCGUAAUCACUGACUUGAUGUGCCAAUAAAACAAGAUCAAAUUUAAA